AUCCCCCCUGAAGCUGUGGGUCGGAGGGAAUACAAUUGUUUAACCCAAUAAUUGUUUUAUGUGUUUACGAUGUCUCCAUCAAGGAAGCUGUAUUGCCGUUACCCACCCAUGUGGAACAAUCGUGAAAUAUACAGCAUGUAAUGAUUGAUGGGCGAUGACACAUCACCACUGACAGCUGAGGACUAGGUGUUUUGGAGAAAGGUUGGAAUUACACAAGAUGGUCAUUCAGUUGGGAUAGCAAGCAGGUAGCCAGACAGCUGGUCACUGUGAGUCACAGGGAUAGAAAAUGUUAACAGUUUGUUUCAUUGUGUUUGCGAUAGUAUCAAGUGUGUUACUGGAAUGAGAAGAUAUCACUUGUGUGUAUUUCACCCAGCUUGACUGCCACAGCAACAAGCAUAUCGGGAUACUUUAUCAAAGCAUUGCAUGGACCUAUUGCCAACCCUUGAGUGGAGUAUUCACGAUAGUAAUCAAUCAGCAGAAUAAUCAGGUGGGAGGAUUUUGAUUCAGUCAUUCAGGACAUUUUGAGAUUCAGAGGCAGGUGAAGCCCACCAAGGACUAUCAAUUAACAUCCAACCUUCAACACUGAACAGCUCAACUGGAAAUAUGUAGAUAAGUAUGCAGUCUCCAUUGUUUGGUGAGAUUCUGGUGAAGAAGACGGGUGGAAAGGAUAUGAAGGCAAGAAUGUUGUGAUCAGACGACCUUCACCUUAGUGUCACACACAGCAGACGUCAUGUCAGGGUGGACGAGUUUAACAGGAUACCUCAGCUUUAAGCCAGGUGGAGCUCUGAGUCGCCUCAAGUCCCGGAAGCGGAUGUGGUGCGCCCUGGAAGAGAGCAAAUGUCAGUUGUUGUACUACAAGUCUGAGGAAGAUGCUCGGUCCAAACCUCCUGCUGGCGAGGUCAAUUUGAAGGGUGCCGCCAUUACCCUUGACCUAGACAACCAGAACCAGUUUAUUAUCAUCACGGAGGGGAAGGAAUUUGUACUGACGGCAGAAAAUCAUGAGUCCAUGAUGAUUUGGCUGAUGGCAUUACAGGCCAAGAGGGACCUCCACUCCCGGGCAAAUGCUGACAAGAAGAAGACCCCCAAGGAGGAGCUGGACAGGAGAGAACGAAGAAACCAGACAGCAUUUAUAAGGGAACAUAUUUGGUACCAUAGUUCCUCUGACAUCACAGCCAUGAACCCCGAGGGCAGCCGCCAUAAAGCCCUUGGUUACUCUCAGUCUCUUCACAUGAACAACACCCCAACGUCAGCGUUGAACUCCAAAUUCCGACACUAUCAGCUCCAGAAGAUCGGAGAGUCAUUCGACGUGAACAACAUGCCAUCUCGCAAAGUUUCAGUUCCUUGUUGCCUUAUUAGAGAUUCGGUGUCAUCCACUCAUGAGAAGGUGGACCGAUCGCGCUCCUUGCCGCCAGUGUUUGAAGAGAUGCCUCCCUUCAAAAAGAGGUUCAGCAUAUCCAAUCCUCUAGAGAUUCCAUCGUCCCUAUUUACUCCAUAUGCCCGACAGCUGUCAGUCAGCAUGGACUCGUGUGAAACCAAGGCUAAUGGCUACCGACGACGCAGCUCCAUGUACAAUGGAGACUCCAGCAGCGGCAGCACCGCCGACAGUGACGAGUUGUACGGGGAGGAGGGGCAUCCCAGGAGGAACAAAUCAAAGGCUGAUGGGAUGAAGAGGAAGAUGAGACAGCAGACGUUUGAUCAGGACAGUGACUGUGAUCAAUAUCAGAACUUUGAUCUGUCCAGGUCAGAGGAGAGGAACCGACAUAGCUCGAUGUCUGCGUCCAGUGAUUCCGCCAUCGAUAAAGGGGAGAUGGGGUCUCAAGAGCUGGGCAGAAUCUCGGAACUGGAGAAGGAGCUGAUAGCCACCAAGUGUGAGCUGGCCAAGGUGAUGAACAGGCAGACGUGUUACCAGGACAUCCUGAAACAGAAGGAUGAGAUCAUCCUUGACCUUGACGAGAAACUGGGACAGUUGGGGCAUGGGGAUCAGGCGUAUGACAGCAAGAAGAGAACAACCAAAGUAUCAAAAGAGUUUCAGGAGAGAGUUCGAGUCUUACAAAACCAGAACCGUUUCCUGAAUGAAGAAGUGAAACGCCUGGCCAAACUACGCAGCAGCGAUCAGACAGUCUUCACGGAACAGGACAGCAAGUUGCAUGGCCUGGAGGCAGACAUAGAGAAGUGGAAGUUCGACUAUGUCUCCCUCAUACAGUCCAGCAUCAGAUUCACUGGGACAGACACCAUGGAUGAUGCAGAGUUGUCUCUCUUUGGUGGUGACAGGCACAAGAUCAGAGUUCAAAAACUUCUCGAUGAAGCCAGGAAGAUCAACCCAAGUCUGCCCACAUAUGAAAGACUGGCCAACCACGAUGUCCAUGUGGACUGCUAUGGUUUCCAAGCACCAGUUUCACCUACCUGCUUCACUACCUGUGCCAGGGCAGCUCACUACCUGAGGAACAUCGAGGAACGCCGAUGGAACACCUACCUCAAGCAGCAUGCCAAGAACAUCAUUAAAAAUAAGAAGAGUUUGAAGCAUCUGUGUCGCGGUGGCAUACCAGACCAGUAUCGGAAACAGGUGUGGCGGCAGCUCGUCCACGACCAGGUGCAGGAUGUCAUCACGGAGAAGGGUCCACACUACUUCCGCAAUCUCUGCAACCUUGUCCCAGACUCACCGCUGGCUGCUCGAUACAGGAAGCAGGUCUCCCUGGACCUGAUGCGGACCAUGCCAAGUAAUGUCAAGUUCGCCACUGCAGGAUCCAGAGGGAUCAUGGACAUGCAGGACAUCCUCCUGGCUUUCUGCAUCCACAGCCCCUCCAUCGGCUACUGCCAGGGCAUGAACUUCAUCGUCGGCAUGGCGCUUCUCUUCAUGGAUGCACAGGAUGCUUUCUGGACUCUGGUGGCCAUCACGGAGAGGUACUUCACCCCCAGCUACUUCGACCACAACCUGGUGGGCGCCCAGGCUGACCAGCUGGUCCUGAAGGACCUCAUCAAGGAGAAGCUGCCCACACUGUCCAGACACCUGAUGGAGAUCGACAUAGAGGUGUCCACCGUCACCCUCAACUGGUUCCUAGCUAUCUUCUUUGACGCAGUUCCAUUCCAGACACUGCUACGGAUAUGGGACUGUUUUCUUCUGGAAGGGCCGAAAGUUUUAUUUCGCUUCUCGCUGGCCAUCCUGAAGAUGCACAAGAAGGAGAUCCUGCUAAAGUCCGACACCAUCAGCGUCAUGCGUCAUCUCAAGGCCUGCGCCAAGAUCACGUAUGACACCGAUGGCCUUAUCAAGGUUGCGUUUGAGGACAUGAAGCCGUUCACAAGUCGGCAGAACAUCAUGACGAAGCAGACGUGCUACCUGAACGCUCUGAAGGAGAAGUACAAACGCAAGGAGAUACAGAAGCUGGCCUUCGCUGAGCGCGAGCAGUUGUUUCUUUCCAUUGAGUCUGAAUCAGGAAACUAUCUCAGUUUUGAGUGUUGUGCUGAAAGUGACAACGGAGAGAUCUGGCUGUGUUACGGGGAACAGAUGAUGUCCAAGGUGUGUAAGGUGAACACCAGCCAGGGCGUCAUGGUGGACAUGGACAUCGAGUUUGACACGCGUGUGAUGUGCAUGUUGGCUCUCCCUGACAACAUGGUGCUGUAUGGUACGCUGUCCUGGAUGGUGUUCGCCUACAACAUGGCCAAACGAGAGAAGAUCUGGCAGGUGCGGCUUCACGAUGCGGUAUUGUCAAUCUCCAUGUACGUGGACGAGGAUGACUGCUGUAGGGUGUUUGCUGGCCUUGCUGAUGGAACUGUGGCCGUCCUCGAGGCUGUGAAUGAGAUCAUGCCAACCUAUGACGUGAUGUACAUUCCCAUUGGUCAGUCUCCAGUCAUGUGCGUACAGCUGCUUGACAACCACCUCUGGUGUGCAUGUGGAAAUAAAGUGUUCAUCAUCCAUGCAAGCACCCUCGAUGCCAUGGACAACUUCACAGUGUCGUCCAAUCCAUACGACCAUAUCCUGUCGCUGGCACCAGGCCGACCGGGAGUCUGGAUCUCAAUCCGGGGGUCAUCCAUCUUGGAAUUAUGGGACAUCCAAACACUGAGCUGCAAGAUGUUGUACGACACGCGAGCAGGGAAAUACCCAAAUCUGCGCAAGGAGGAUGACAGCUACUUUAACAGAGCCAGGAUCACAGCUAUUCUCCCCAAUGACAAUACGGUCUGGAUCGGCACCGGCGAGGGCAACCUCAUCAUCUAUGAAGUCGUGGAACACAUGCCUAGUCUGACUCCAUCUGAAGCAUCAUUUUCUGAGAACAUCCCGGAAAACAUGUACCUGAGUCGCUCCAUGGAGGAGGUGGAUCCAUAUGAUCCCAUCCGGGCAGUUGAGGAAAGGGUCCGUGAGCUCUACUUCAAAAACAUCAACAGUCCUGACAUCAUGCCAAAGCCAUUUGAAUCUCGGAGGUUGAACAUUAAUCUCGGCGACAGUUCCACUCCCACGGCUAGUACAGGAGCAUUGUCUGACUGUGGUGCUGUGGACAUCUCCUGCAACAAACUGCUGUCAUCCUCACCUGCCAACUAUUCCAGAUCUCCACCUGGUCAGUGUCUGGACAUGACAUCCCCAAGUUAUUGGUUCGACAGCUAUGGCAAAAGUUUUGGUAAUAAUCAACUACAGUACCAGGACCAGAAUCCAAGUCUGUUUGCCAACAUUGAAGAAACCAAAGAACCGGAUGAAGCCUCAGACGGUUAUACCAAUGAGGCUGAAGGGAAGGGGCCAAGAAAGCUGUUUACAAGAGAAACUACCAAAAUCUCGGAAUCAGACUCUGUGUUGUCCAAUGGUGAUGUAUGUAACAGUUCUGCACAACAGGACAGUGUAUCAGAAACGCCAGUUUCGAGCCCCGUGUGCAACGGCACUUUCUCACAUGAACUGACUACAGAGAACAGCGGUCGUGUCUCAGAGACAGAUCAUCAACAUGCAGACCAAUCUGUGACAACAGUGCCUGACUCAAUUGACGACACACAGAGUGGUGACAACACCUUGGACUCAAACGAGCAUGAUGGCUCAGCCAAAAUAAAACCCAGGUUCGCAGACACGAAGUCUUUAAGUGCUGAUUCAGGGAUCAGGAUAGGUUCUGAGGUGGAUGGUUCUCUCCAAACCACCUCUGUGAGGGAGAGAAAUGGCUCUGUCAAAUCAUCAGAUUGUAAAAGUGCUUCCAAUAGUAAUGCCAAACAGGUUAAUGGACAUAUUAAUGACAGUGACUUACCCCAGAGCUGUGAGCUUGGGGAUCUUGCUCAGGGGAACACACAGAUGCCAGUUCUUCUCCAACCAAGUGUACAGACACGGAAACAGAUUAUGCCAGUGCAAAGGAAGCUGGAUCAGACAGUACUCCGCAGAGAAUCUGGUCAGAUGAAACACUUGAAAACAAAACAGAAUGGCAUUGGACAAGCAGGUGAAGAAAGCAUCCAGUUUGGGCAACAUUCUGGACAUGGUAAAGACUGUGGUACGAAGGAGGUGGUUUCCAGUGUCCCAAAAGGUUUGCAAGGUCGAAUGGACUCUGUGUCCAGUUCGACGGGCAACUUGAAACCAAAGAACCAGGAAACCCAGUGGAGGAUAGACUUCACAGGCUACCAUGUAGACACGGACUGUGAGAGCCAGCUGUCGACCCUUUCCAUAGACUGUUCUGACCUUGACUCUGUUUCGCAGCCUUCCAAGAGCCACAGGCCAUCCAUUGACUCACAACCAGAUCUGAAACAGUUUGCCAGUCAGUCCAACAACAACUUGUCCAACUUUAACCCAGAUAACUUCAUCUUUCCUGAGGAUUACUCCCUGGAGCAGAAAAUGGCCAAGUACCUCCAAACACCAACAUUUGGAACGACCCACAGUUCGAAGUGGUCAAGUUUUGACAACUUAUCGACUCCUUCACGUGACCAGGAUACUUCCAGUCCUGAUCAGAGGCGGGCGGUCUUCCUCCGAGGUGACUCCUUACACAGUGAUGUUUCCAGGGGAACCAGCAGUGUCUCCCUGGCAACCAUGGCAGAAUCUCUCUAUGCAGCUGACCUCUAUGUUCAAGCUAAGGUCAAGAUAUCGGACAAGCCGGUUAAAUGUCUAGUCCGCCUCAAGCGGAAAGAUGACCUGAUACUCAGUCUGUCGGGAUCGUUUGGGGAUGAUGAGGCAGUGUUGAAGUGGAAGAGGGCACCAAAUGAGCAGAUGAUCUGGACCAAUGAUCCAAUCCUGGAGUUCUGUCGGGACACCAACACCCCAAAGCUUCCAUCCUACAUGAGGAACAGGAUGUCAAGCACCUCUUCGAUUACAAGUAACAAGAGCAAUGGUUCCGUCAAGUACCUCAGUCUCUCCCAAGGCAGCGAUUAACCUUGCACAGGUUCUGGAAGGGAACAGUUCCACCUCAUUCUCUCAACGGGCAGAGAAUAACAUCAGGCAGCUUCAGGCAGAGGAACUUGGUACAUCCCUGUCAAAGAUGUCAGUUUCUUGCAGGACAGUAAAUAAUCAGUGAGCUCAAAGGUACAUGGACUUUGCCAACAGAGCAUGUAUGUGAGCAACUGAAAGAGGUGUGGUUUUGAAACAGUGGCAGACUGUUCAUGGUGAAAUUUCACUGUAGAUGUUGUUGGGAAUGGCUGGAUUUAAAACUUCAUUCAGCAGAAGCCUAGUAGAGGAAUCUUGUGAAAAGCAGUGAUUGUGAGAUGAGUUUCGAAAUGAUGUACUUAUGGGUCAAACAACCCCUUACCUUUGAAAAUGGUAUUGGAACUAUUGUACCAGUGAAUCUGUUAGCUCAAGGGCAGGCCAUUGGUUUAUUUGUUAAGACACAUGACCGGUGAUUCUCUGGCGGUGUGGUGAAGGAAACUCCAGCGUAGGCCCUACUGUGUCACUUACAGGUAUCAAGGUGAUUUGCAAAUUGAGACAAGGGCAUCUGGCUCACAAGGACUUGGAAGAGCCAUUUCUGUCACUGAUGGAUAUGGAAUCACAACACAUUUACAAAGACUAGGAAGAACCAUUUCUGUGAUUAUCGAGGGCAUGGAUGACAAGACAUUUACAAAACUGUCACAAGUAGCAGCUCUGAGAACAAUGGCUGUGACUAUACAUUUACUUCGGGAUAGGGAACAGUGAAUGCUUGUGUGUUUGUGUCAGUAUGAACAUUUGGAGAAGUGCAGUGUUGAUUGAACAAAUUCCUGUGUCAUAUUAGUAGGAUGCAUGCAAAAGAAUGGCUCUGCUGGAGGCAUUGGACUACACAGUGUUAACACAGGAAGGAGGGGAGGUUUCGGACCACUGCAAAAACCUUCAUGGAUGCCGAGGUGGAUCUUGAACAUUUGUGCGUUUAAUUUCAAGGCAUUAGUGAUGUAUUGUUGACACUCUGACCAUUGGGUUCAUCUUGCUGUAUAUCAUCUUAAUGAACAUGAAUCUCGAAUAUCUUGUGAACAAACUCUCAUCAAGGGAGGCAAUACUGUGAAGUCUUGUUUACCUUUUGACAUUGCACAAACAUUAAAAUUUUAAAACUGAGCUCUCAACAAAUCAAUGAUUUUUUAGAAGUGACUAAUGCUAAUACAUGCGGGACGUGUAAUAUAUUUUAUGAUUUAAAUUUUCUAAUCAAUCUACCAUCAUAUGAAUGACAAGUUUCUGUAAUAUUUUUACAGGUUUAUUUUGAAUUCUCUCUCUAUAUUUCAUAGAAUAUGCAGUCUAAACUUGGAACAUAUCCCUUCCGUGUAAAUACAAGUCUCGCUAAUCUGUGAUAAUGCUGUGAUAAUAUAUAAUGUAUAUUGGAAGGAAUCGUCAGAGAAUAGAUUUUCAUGGAGCCAAAGUAAUUUUGUUUCAAUGUUGAGUAUUCCUUCACAAUGGCACAAGACGUAGGUUGUUGUGUAUCACAGAAACAAACAGGUAGAACAAGUGAUGAUCAGAUCAGAUCACUUUCUUUGGGAUCACAUCAUUCAACAUGAUAAGAAACGGUAUUGGUGUUAGUGUUAUACGUUAUAAACCUGUACAUAACAUUCAUAACCAUUCAGUGUACAAUCAUAGGUGAUCUCUUCCGGUCUUAAAUCUGAUAUAUUUUGUAAUAAAUAUUGAAAUAAUACAGUAAACUUCUGUUUGCGGUUUCAAAAUCAAUAAAUGUUUGAAUUUCUAAAAUAAUGAAUUAAAAUAACAUUCCUCAAUAAAAUUUUGCAGAGGAUGCAAAUCAAACAGAUUAACGGAACAGGUCAAAUAUGAGUCAAUGCUGUGAUUGACAAGUGUGUUUAUACAAUGUACAAAUCUAUGUCAAUGACCUACAAAAUGUUUCAAAUGAUCAUGAAAAUAUAUUUUUUACAAAUUGUGAUCAUUUGAAGAAUGUAUAUAUUGCAGCCAUAUUGUGUAUUUAAAUGAAGCUUUGAUAUACAUUGCCAAGUUGUGAUCAUAAUGGAUGACAGGUUUGCCAUGUUUACAGGACUGUACACCAUAACAUUGUCAAUACUUUUACAUUGUUACCAUACUGUACAUAAUGUAAACCAUGAUAAUAUAUUUUGCUUAGAUCAUGUGAUAGUGUAUAGUGAUUCUAACCAAUGGCUGCACUUGUUCUGGGAUAUACGGUAUGGAGAGCCGAUUAUAGCUGCUUACUUAAACUGUGCCAUCAUCAAUACUUGGCGGGUUUGUACACGCUACAGUAAUUCAUCACCUGUGAUUACAUAUGACCAAUUGGCUGCAUAGCAGAAAUAUGUGUCUAUUUUGAGGUCUUUUGGGCUGGUGGGUAGCCUAAUGGUUGAAGCGUUUGCUCGUCACACCGAAGACCCGGGUUCGAUUCCCCACAUGGGUGCAAUGUGUGAAGCCCAUUACGGUGUCCCCCGCUGAUAUUGUUGGAAUGUUACUAAAAGCGGUGUAAAACCAUACUGACUCACUCACCCUUUGGUCAAGUAUUCACCUUUUAGGGCAAGAAUUAAUGUAUACAAUUCCCGCGGAGUAUUGAUGGGGUGACUGUACAUUUCACAAGCCUUAAUAUAUAUCAACAGGAAUGUUUCUAGUUUUAUAUUGUCAAUGUUUGAACUGUCUCUAUGAAUUCUACCAAAUAUCAUGUUUGUGUUGGUUACGGAUAUGUUGCUAUUGUUGUUGCUAUGCAACCAAUGUUCAAAAUUAAGGAUUGUCAAGGUGUCCCUGUUGUAUACUACUCAAAAGAAAUGGGAUGACAGAUUAACUAUUGCAAUAUGUAAGAAAUGGGUGUUCCUUACCUUUUUUGAGUAGUAUAUUUGUAUCAAGGGUGACACUACAUCUGUAACUUUUAGAAUAAGUGUCAGUCUUUGACUUUCACUACAACGUUGAACACUGGUUAUAUACUACUCAACUUUAGAUAAGGAUAUCUGUAUCGGACAUAAUGUAACAAAAAUCACAAUUUAUCAUGAAGCUGAAAAAUGCUGUUUUCCUGAAACACUAUCACCAUGUGUACAACAAGCAGUAAGUAUCAUCCAGUCCCAACAUGGACAAAGAAUAUUCUUGUCAAAAGUUGAGUAGUAUAAUAUAGAACCCAGCCAUGGAUGAGAAUCUUCACAUAAAAAGUAUAAUUGCAAAUCUGUUAUCUUUGAUUAAUCACCAAUUCCUUCUACUGGAAGUAAGGCCAGACCCAGCUAUUUUGGAUGUUACAGACUUUCUGUAUCGGUAUUUCAAUAUGAAGGCUAAAGACAAGUACAGGUUUGGUCAUGGAGCAAUGAAAAAAAGAGAGUUCUGUUUAACUUUAUGAAUAUUAUAUAUACCGUUCAAACAAAGUUAAAGAACGCUGAUUUUUUCAAAUGCAAGUUUAUGGCUCGACGAGGUUACAACAGACACCCUUCCAGAUGAAGGUGUUCAAGAUGUUUUGAGCAGUAUACAGGCAUACUUGUACUUAAAUAUUUUUAACUGUAUAGAAUAUAUAAUUAAAUAUCUGAAUAGUUGAAUAGCUAUUUUCAGUCAAAUACAGUAUUUGUAGUUUGAAAAAAUCUACAAUCUCAUAGAAUAAUAAGAAAGGACACCUCUCCAGACAAAUUAAUACUAUUCAAAAGAGGUUAAGGAGCAACUGAUACUUCCAAGUGUCAAGGAAUCAGGUGUUUCUUAACUUCUUUUGAGCAGUAUUUAGUUGAAAAAUCAUGCAGCCUACUUAAAGUAAAGGCAUGACUGUGUUCUGCACAUUAAAAUGUAAUUUUUCUUUAUGUGAAGAUUUCCAAACAUGGAGUUGUUUAUCAUUACCCUGUUGUUGUUAUAAUGUAUGAUGUUCAUUUCAUGAUAUCGAGGCCACAUCAUUGCUGCUUGUCUUUCAUCGUUACAAUAUACAUAAAUAUGUCAAACAUCUUUGUUCCUUAUCAGCAUCAUCGCGAGUCAUCUAGUCACCUGUAAUAAACAUACACAAACAUA